GAGCAGAAACACAUCACGGGAGAGAACAGAUGACAUUCACUUUUCUACCAGGGCGAUAUUUGGAAACACAGAAGACUGCAUUCAUUUUCACGGUCUGUGAAAUAGUUUCUCUCAGAAAUGGAUCUAAAAUGGAUUACAGUCAUCGUGAUUUUCUCAGCUGUCUGUGGGGAAUCUUCAUAUGUCCCUUACCGUUAUACCUUUGUGAAGGAGGAGAAAAGCUGGACUGAAGCUCAGAGCUACUGCAGACAGAGCAAUACACACCUGGCCACCAUCAACAACAUGGAGGAGAUGAAGGACCUGAGUGCUACUCUGCAAAGCACAGCAAGGCCAAUCCAAAGACCAGUUUGGAUCGGUCUAGAAAAAUGGAACACUGGAAAAUGGCAGUGGUCUCUAGCAGAGGGAGAUUUCCACAGUGAGGGAGACGCUUACCGAAACUGGAGCCCAGGAGAACCAAACAGUAAAGGAGGGAAGGAGUUCUGUGUUGUAAUGUAUAAAACUGAUGGAACCUGGCUUGAUGAUUACUGUAAUACACCGCGCAGAUUUAUGUGUUAUGACGAAAAGAAGACUAACACUGAAAGAUACGUAUUGAUUUAUAUUGAGAUGACCUGGCGUGGUGCUCAGAGCUACUGCAGAAAUUAUUACACAGAUCUGGCCAGUGUGAGGAACCAGACUGAGAACCAGCAGAUCAAGACAGCAGCACAAGCAUCUCAUGAUUAUUAUUUAUGGAUUGGCCUAUUCAGUGACUCCUGGAAGUGGUCAGAUCAGAGCACCUCCUCAUUCAGAUACUGGGCACCUAAGGAGCCAGAUAAUUAUGAUGGAAAUGAGAACUGUGCUGCUGUAUCUGUGACUACGCCAGAUACAGCGGGUGGCUGGUAUGAUGCGGCCUGUGAGAUUGAGCUCCCAUUUGUCUGCCGUGAGAAUCAGCUGAUCUUGAUCAAGCAGAAUCUGACCUGGAGUGAAGCUCAGAGAUACUGCAAAGAUAAUCAUGUGGAUCUGGUCUCAGUUCACUAUGAGGAGAUCCAGCUCUGGGUGAAGGAGGUGGCACAGAACGCCUCCACUGAACAUGUGUGGCUGGGUCUGCGUCACACCUGCACCCUCAGCUUCUGGUACUGGGUGAGUGGCUUUUCCAUCUGCUACCAGAACUGGGCUCCAGUUAACAGUACAGGAGGAGAAGACUGCAGCCCCGUAGAGAGAACUGGAGCGGUGCAGGCUAGAGGAGGUCAGCAGUGGGUCAGCCUGCCUGAGGACCAGGAACUCAACUUCAUCUGCCUCACCUAUGAAGACUAGAAACCAGAUGUUCUCCUCUCCCAUACCCAGCAUCAGCGCAUCUACAAUUUUAUUGUUUUUGUGCUUUCCUACAUAAUACAGGGUGACAUAGGUUUGUAAGCAUAUAUACAUAUUAUAGUCCGCUGUCUUUGGUGCGCAGAU